AUGCUUACGAUUGAAGAGAUUCGCGCUCUCAGCGAUGUUAGUCCUGAGUUUGAGCCGAUCCUCAACUCAGGGUCCCCCAUUUUAGCCGCUUGGGAUGAAAACACCAACAUCCCUCAAGUUCGGGCAAUGAUCCAAUCCAUGAAAGAUGCAGCUCCCAAAGUCGACCCGACCACACUUCCAUACCUCCAAGAGGACAUUCAGAUCCCAGUGCGAGACAACCGCACCACCGAGAUCCGCGUUUACAAGCCGCGAGAGGAGUCGACUGAGGGACGGCCGGGACUCGUUGUCUUCCACGGCGGAGGAUAUGCGGUUGGAGAUCUAGACACGGAGACUUGGCUCUGUGCGCUGUUUGCGAAGCUUGGUGGUGUUGCGGUGAAUGUCAAUUAUAGGCAUGCUCCUGAGAAUGUCUUUCCUUCUGCUAUAGAAGAUGCCUAUGACGCUACUAAAUGGACGGCGCAGAAUUUGGAGUCGUUGGGUAUCCAUCCUGAAAAGGGGUUUCUGGUAGGAGGAGAAAGCUCAGGUGGCGAUAUGGCGUUGAUCGUGGCUCAUCUCUGCUUGAACGACAAGUUGAGUCCUUCACUAACUGGCAUCUACGCGGCAAUACCAGGUGGUGUAAAUCACGAAACGGUACCGGAGAAGUACAAGGAUCGAUUCAUCAGCUUUGAGCAAAACGCCAGUGCGCCAGUGCUUUCUCUUGAGUCGUUGAAGUUCAUCUGGAAGAAUAAUCAGGCUGAUUUACGCAGCCCGCUUGUAUUCCCAGUGGCAUUCCCUACCCACAGGGGCCUUCCCAAGACGUAUUUCCAGGUGUGCGGGCUGGAUCCCGUGCGAGACUGCGCGUUGGUGAUGGAGCAGGUAUUCAAGGAUGAUGGAGUUGUUACUAAGACGGACAUGUAUCCUGGCGUGCCUCAUGGGUUUUGGGGAUUCUUCCCGGAUCUGAAGAUGAGUGCAAAGCAGCAACGAGAUGCGGAAGAGGGACUCAAGUGGCUAUUGAGUAAAUGA